AUGACCGACUCCCAACCAACGACUUCGCUGCUGGACCAGGGCGAUUCCAUUUCCAUAGCCCAGCUCAAUCCCGAUAUUUCAGAACCGGAAAAGCGACGUGUAUGCGGCACUGUCACUAUCACAUGGCCAUUCAGCAUCCUCCAUAAAUCCGUCGCAUUCCUCUUGGCCGAGCGAGACUUCCGACUCCGACGCGAAAAUGGCCAAGUACGUGUACGCUUCCAUGGCGCAGCCGCCAGGGCAAUUGCGGAUGCGUCGCUGGGAGCAGGCGAUGAAAUCCGCGUGAGUUUGCAAGGAGUCAGGUGGGAGAAGAACGAGACGCAUACGCAGGUCGCAGGAAGCACUCUAGAGUGGCAGCUCGAAUUCACAAAUCGCUUAAUACUUGGUAUAAGUAGACCAGAAACAGGGCAAGAGACAAUAAUCGACAUCGAUGUUCCCACUGAGGAACCCGAGACUACUACCAACGACCAGGCAAAUAACAUCAACUCCGUCGAUGUCCUCACACCUGUCGCCGAAGGACCAGCCACUCCAACACCACAAUCUCCGGAAGUCACAUUGCCUUCGAAACGAAACAUGGCCUCAACUUUAGAUCCCAACGAAUACGCUUCGCCCGCCUUUCUCAAACGAGCCCGUGUUUCAUACGGGUCAUUGUUCGAAGGAGGCAUGGACACGUUCGACGACGAUGUUAGCAAGAAGAGCAAGUCAAAGAAGCGCACACGGUUCAGCCUACCUAGCAACGCCUGGCGAUACACUAGUCAAUCCCCCAGCCCCGAACCCGAACAGAUGUCCGAGGUCGACGAAGAAGAGCCCCAAGCAAACGGGGUUUCGCAGCCGAAUGGCGAUACCGAAGGUGUUCCUAUGGAUACACCGCAGCGACGGGCAAUGGUUGACCAAGGCGUUCAAACAGCAGAUGUCGAUUUCACUCCCAUGGCCAGUGUGCAGGUCAUGGCUGAAUCGAGACCAGCCUUUGGGUUUGCACAGUUGACUCCCACACCGUUUGCUCGAACAAGGCCGUUCGGGGCAGAUAGUUCCAUGAUGGAUCCGUCCCUGCAAUUUGAAGGAGACUCAACAACACCACAUGGUAUGCCGCUAGGGUCACAUCAAGAUCUACUGGGUCACUCGCCGAACCACAUGGGAACCGACUUGGCGUUUACUUACACGCCCCAGACCGUGCUCUUCCCCCAGGCGCAAGGGUUCUUGCCCGAGGAGCAUGUCCAGAACACUAUGCCAGGGUCACUCACUCCUGCUACGGGAGCAGAGGACUAUCCUCCUGGGCUGUUGGAUACCGACCCAAUCCCUUCUAACAUGGUGGAUAACCUCACAAGCAUUGCUGCUCUCGGAUCGCAGUCCGACAUGGCUCCUCAUGAUCCCUUCGAUACAGAAGCGCACCUCUCUUCGACUUUCAACACCACUAUGCAACCGCCUCAAAAUGUAUGGGCUACUGAGGAAUCACCCGAACCACAAUCCGCAAAUGCUAGUAGCGAUGUGGAGCACCCGGUCGUAAUCAUGAGCUCAUCGCCAUUCAGAGAACAAGGCUCACAGGAGCCAAGCGAAAGUCGACAGCCAUCUCCAUCAAGAGACAACACAGAGGUAAACACAACUGCGGAUGGGUCUCCAGAGCCAGCACUCGAGGAACCUGAGUAUUACCGCGAUGGCGGCGACGAACCUGGCGACGAUUAUGACCUCAGAAAAUACUCCCGUACGCACGAUGACGACGACGAUGUUGAGACGUCCGAAGAGGAGCUAGAGGUGAAUAAUGAUGAUCCAGAAGCGCAGAUCAUGAACCCUGAAGAAGAUGAUGUGGACGUUGAUGAAGAUGUAGAGAACCAGGAGGGAUACCUCGAGGACGCUGAGGAGUACGCAGAGGAGGUGUAUGAGCGGCGGUCUGGAGACGAGGGAGAAGAAUAUGAAGGUUCAGAAGGUGAUGCAGAAGGCGAAUAUUAUUCAGAUGAGGAAGAUGGCUACGACGAUGAAGAAGAGGAAGAGUAUGAUGAGGAGGCAGAAAACCGUCCGUCUGCUCCCCCUGUUCAACAGGACCCUGUCUUCAUUAGCUUGCUCUCGGAUUCUGAAGAUGACGAAGAGCCCGAACAGGCACCAGAGCCAGAGCCUCAAUCAGAAUCCGAGGCAGACUCAGAGUCUGUGAAAGACCAAGAGCAUGAACCUGAACCUGAACCUGAACCUGAACCUGAACCAGCAAGCGAACCGGAGCAUGAAGACGAAACAAACUCUCUAUUGCAGCCUGAGACAAAACGAGAGAUCGAAGAUUUCAAGGCAGAUGGGGAGAUGACCAAAGAAAACGACCAGCCUUUACUGGAAACUGAGGCCAAGGAGCCGUCUGAGCAGGUGACGAAGGAGGCUAAUUUGGAGGAAAAAACAAAAGAUGCCAAUGAGGAACAGCCUGCUGAAUUGGAAAAUAUCUCGGCUCCUUCACCACCUGUCAAGGAGUCGAUCACAGACGAUGUUGAAGCUGCCGAAGCACCUGCAGUGUCGGAAGCAAACAAGGAGGAUGACAACUCACCCCGUGCCGACCAGACUACCGAAGAGCAAUCUACUGUGAACUUAUCCACCCAAAAAGAACCUCCUACUGAAGAAGAGGAACAGCAUGAACCAGAAACCAAAAGAGAACCAAGUCCGGCCAAGACAGAAUCGGGUGAUAUCGACAUGGACCACGCACCUGCGCCAGUGGAAGAAUGCGAUGAGAGCGAGAACGUUGUUCCCGAGGAGCCUAAAGAACCAGACGCGCCUGACGAGACUGUUCCUGUUGUGGCUGAGGAGCCAGUUGAAGCUAUGGACGUCGAUGCACCCGCUGGAGAAGCCAAGGAAGACACUAUUGACUCAAUCGAGACAACAGUGGUGGAAGUUGUCGAGGCCAGUAUCACUAUUAGCGAGGAGGCAUCUGGCACAAUCACAGAAGUUGUACAGGAUGCCUCAGCAAGUGUCCACAUGGUGACGGCGCAAGAAGAUCUUGCAUCUGAGGAGAUUGGCUCGGAUGAUCAUGCAAUCCUCGAAACUCGGGGCUCUCAGAGUCCAGAGAUCUCUGAAUCGCAUGACGCUAUCAUGCAGGACGCCGCCUCGUGCAAGGUGACAACUCAACCGGCUCCUCAGUCAGCGGAUGCCUUAUCUGAAACACAUCGUGGUAAAGCUGAAGAGGCAAACGUGGGCAAAGAGCCUACAGAGCAUGGUCAGAUCUCACCUCCGCCAACUCAAGCUCUUGAAACACAAAUAUUGGAAGAAGACAGCAUCAACGUUUCGAACGAGCAACACGGCGAACACCUUCCAACUCCUGGCGAGACGCAGCAGAUGGUAGAGGUUGAAAUGGUUGAAACGUUGAACACUGUCACUCAGAACAACGAAGUCGACGAUGAAGAUGUAGACCCGGAGGAUCAGAUCAUGGCUGAGAUACUACAGCACUCACCUAUCCGGCAAGAUGCACACCCUUUAAGAGACCCUUUCAUGUCUUCCCCUGUAACGUCACAGACCAAAUCACCAGUGCAGGCUGAACAGACCGAUGAACCGCUUGCAGCAUCUCCUGGAAAUGAUGAGCCAGCAUCUGAUAUUAUUGUUGCCAAGUCCUUGCGAUCUAGACGUAAGAAGUUGGCCAAAACAUCUGAUGGGAAUGGCGCAGAGGACCCUAGCCUUGCGCUGAUCAUAAACACACCCACCUCAAAGACUGCAGAACGUCGAAGCAAGCAGAGCAGUCCAGACGGCUCAAGCAGCAAAACACGCAGUAAGACGAAUCACGACGAUCCUAGCAUUCAAUUGGCUGGCGGCUCAGUGCAAACAAAGGCGAAGAACGAGCGCAAGAGAAAGGCUCCAGAUGACGAGGGUGGGCUCGAUGCAGAUAACAGCUCGCCGGGAUCUCAACGAAUAACACGCUCGAAAACUGAUCAUGGCGACCCCAGCAUAUUGCUUGCGAAAGGAUCAAGUCCAUCAGCUAGGCAUUUAAGAAGCCACAAGACACCAGAUCCCAAGCGAGAGACGCCUAGGCGCGAGACUCGCUCUGUUUCGAGAAGCCUGCAGAUACAGGAGGAUUCCCCCGACGUAUCCUUCACUUCACUCAAAUCCCCAUCAAUUGCUGGAUCUGCUGGGACUGUGCCCGAGGAGGAGGAUGUCAAGACCCUUAAACAACAACUGGUCAAGGGCCUGCGAACGAGCCUUCCUGACUUCCUCUCGCUCAAGUUGGUCAGUAGGAAUUCUAUUGAUAAGAUGACAGAUAUUCUUGCUGUUGUCACGCAGACGCCAGCACACCCACACAGGCCCAAACAUGGCCCUCGGGAUUUCAUGCUCACCUUGAGCUUGACCGACCCGUCAACUGCACCAACUCAAGUCCGUGUGGCCCAUAUUUUCCGGCCCCACCUCGCUUCCCUGCCGGAAGUUGACGCCGGGGAUGUCAUACUCCUCCGGCGGGUCAAGGUGGUGUCAAUGAAGGGCCGUGGCUUCGGCGUCCGGUCAGAGGAUUCCUCGUCAUGGGCCGUUUCCAAGUCUAAUGACAAAGAAAUUCUGAGCCAAGUCAAGGGUCCACCUGUCGAAAUUACCCCAGAAGAGAUCGAAUAUGCCAAGGGUCUGCGGCAAUGGUGGAGCCACCAGGAUGACAGCGCUAUGGACAAGAUCGAGACGGCGUCCCGGAAGGUGACCGAGGCGGGUAAGGAGAACACCAAAUGA